CCCUCAAACGUCUAAGAAAGAAGAGGAGGAGAACUUUGGCUUCGGUUAAAAGUAAGAGAAGAAAAAGGCGAAAAGAAAGGUCGAAAGAGUUUUUGUUUUCUCAGAAAUCGUUCGUCAAAGGCUAAAAGAGAUACGUGGCAAUGCAAGCCAGUCCUGUAAUACGUACGUUGCUGUUGCUGUUCCUGUUGCUGCUACUGAUGCUGCUGAUGCUGCUACUGUUGCUGCUGCUAAUGUUACUGCUACUGUUAAUGCUAUUGCUGCUACGUCGUCGUUCGGACGGCGUCAGUUGACAAAAUUAAUGGCGCAUCGCUGACGUCUUGUUUAAAAUGACAAAUGGCAGCAGCCUAGCUUGCUCUCUCUCUCUCUCUCUCUCUGUCUCUCUCUCUCUCUCGUCUCCCUUUCUCGCGACUUGUAACAAGAUACAUCGAGCGUGAUACGAAGCGUAUAGACCGGGACGGACCCGUAAACGAACGCGAUGAAUUCGUUUUGCUUGGCGAGAUUGAGAGAGACAAAAGUUUAAUUAGCAUGUUUAUAUUCGUCGGUGAACGUCAUGGAAAAAAACAUAAUCUUCGGUUGCAUCGUUAAGUUAGAAGCAAGGAUGACUUUGCGUAAUGGACGAUCGGUUCGAUAUACGAAGAGACCACCAUGAUCGUGAUAUUUUUGAGGAGAGAUUUCAUGUUGAUAUAGAUAAUACUACGUAUGACGUAAUAGUAUUAUCAUUAUGUUAAUCUCUAUCGUACAUACAUAUUCUCUUUAUAUCUAUACGAUAUUAUUAUUAUUAAUAAUAAAAUAUCCAACGUAAACGAUGAUGGACGAAUAUACGAAUAAACGUAACAUAAACGGGAUUAACAUAAUAUCGAUUAAAUGUUCAUAUUUUCAACUGAUGCCGUAAAAAUUAAUGUCCUACGAAAAAGAAUGCCAUAAAGAAAGCAUAUGUAUAAUUCUUCUCUCGGUGGGACGUAAAUAUGUAGCAUAUUUACAUCGUCGGAAAGCAUUAUCGUGCACGAGCCACGAUUCCACAAUAAUGCACGUCCGAUUAGACACGGUACAUUAGGCGCUCGCUUUCCUACGCUCCAUCAAACGCACACCAAUGGCUCUGGCUACGAGUGAGUUUAACAACCGAGCUAGGGGUUCUUGGGAAACCGGAAGCUGGUAUGUACGCGUACGUGUGAAAAAGAACGUAACCCCUGAUAGAUAAUGUCGGAUCGUACACAGUAAACGAGUGUAAUCGUUCGUCUCGUAGAGUCAUGUCUAACAGCAUACGUUCUCAUCGACGUUUGUAAAAAGAACAAAUUAGUGUCUCUCGUCAUUUCUGUCGUAGUCACGUCUUCCAAUUUUCAACGAAGCAAAAAAGAUAUAAAUAAAGAGAUAAGAAAAAUUUAUCUAAAUAUUUAAUACUUUAUUAUUUUUAUAAAAAUGGAAAAACGAAGUAUAAAAUACAACAAAUUAUAUAGAUAGAACAUGGUAACAGAGAAGGAAAUAUAAAUAAUAAAUAGGAACAUUUUUUCAUUUAUUUCCAUUAGUUUACUAUUUUAUUGAAAUAUUUUUAUUAAUGUGUAAAAAAAAUAACAUAAAAAUAAUUUAUAUAAAAAAUUUGACACUUACAUAAAUUAAAUUGCCGAUACUAUGACUAUAUAAGUUAAUAUAUUUUUAUAUUUUUUAAACGAUAUCCAAAGAGAUAAAUAGAUAUUAUAUAGAUGCAUAUAAAAAGAUAAAAAAAAGACAAAGAAGAGAAAGAGAGAGAGAGAGAGAGAAAUAGUGCUAUUUCCAUUCAACCAUGCUAUCUCGUAACGUCGAAGGAUCCCAGAGGAUUUACGUAACUCGAGAGACUAGAGACGAUUCAUUGUUACGCGCGUGUACGAGCGUAAUCACACGUAUGUAUGUAUGCGUAUCUACGGUUUCCGAGUUUAAACGUAAUCCAUGAUAUCACGCGAAGCAAAGGGUCUGGAUUUCGAUUCAAACCAAUUGAAAUAAUCAGAUUCAAAAUUAUGGAAAAGUUGUUCCUAUCGAAACAGAAUUUAUUUCAAUAUUAAAAAAAAAAAAAAAAAAAGAAAAAAUGAAGAAAAAAGAUAUUCAACGAUGAAAUGACAUUUUAAUAAACAUUAAAUGUAAAUUAUCUCUAAAAACUAAACUUGAGAUUGUAACGUCAAAAUAAAAGAUCUCUAACAACACUCGACGUUGAGGCAAAUGAAAGAAGAAAAGAAGAGAGUGCGUUUAUUUAGCAAGUUGCAAAAGGUCUAUUCGCGGGACAACGACGAGCGGAUUUAAUGAAUUUCAAUGAGCUCGACGACCCUUCGCUGACGGCAAACUUUGGGCAAACAUCGAGGCCGCUUUACAGGCCGACUAAAAUUACUAUCGGGCGAGUAUAUGUAGUCACUGCAAUCAUGGGAUUCUAGGGUGCAUUUUGGAGUAGCUAUUUCCCCUAUGCAUGUAUGCAUGUAUGCAUCUACGUAGGUAUGUAGGUAUGUUGUAUAUAUGUAUGCACUUAGGAAACGACGAGCUGCGAGAUAAUAUCGUCUGUGAGCUAUAGUAUUAUCUUUGUAUGUGUCUGUGUGCAUGUGUGCUCGCGAACACGCCUUUUGCCGUUCAUUCACAACGAACUCCUGGUGGUCUAAGAGCUCUCCGUCCUCACCCUUUGUUUUUCUACCGACGUGCAUACUCCGCCGUAAUUAACCGGUCGUAAUUACGCGCGAUAAAGUGCAUACCGCUCGUCUUCCGAGUUGCACGCCACUUUCUUCCUACGGGCUUUUCGACGAUCCCGUUCACGCCUAUAUAACCUACGAAUUUAUGUAUUUCUCCGAUUUACCGAUAACGCGACAACUGGGAUUUGCUAACAACGUGUAAUACGAUAAUAACAUAAGGGGAACUUACUGAUUAACUGCAUCGAUAUUUUAUAGAGAUUUAUAAAAAAAAAUCUUUAUCUUAUUAUUUCGCUGAAAUCUAUAUAAUUGUAAUUAAUUUAAUAAUGAAGCAAAUUAUUAAUCGUUAUUUUUGUAAAAUUUAACAAGAAAUAUUUAUAUUAUUAAUUAGAUAUUCGCGCAUAUCUGUAUAGUUUGAAAUAAUUAAUGUCAGUAAGAGGAUAAUAGGGUAUUAAAAGCUUCAAUCCUUAAUAGUGAUUGAUAUUUAAGAAAUGUAAUCAUAAUCCUUCAUCGUUGUCUCUCACGUCGAAGCUGUCAAGUCAUCGAUUCGUUUAUAGUAAUAAACUCGUAUCGAUUAGCAGGAAUAAUUAUUUUAUAUCUCGUGAUAGAUAAAUUCAGAAAGUAAUUAGGAUCAAUAAUCUGAGUAAUCCGGUAUGAAAGAAUCGUCUUCUUCGCUAUUUUUUUUUUUUAUCUUUUCCUUUCUUUCCUUUUUAUUUUAUUAUAUUCUUAAGAUUUGCGAAGGCCAUCGUAAUUUUCUCGUCUAAUGAUCGUUAUUAUCUUGCACGUAUCUCGUAUAUCUUCUCCCUACUACUUUUUUAAAAAAACGACGACAAAAAAGAGAACGACGGCGACAUUGACGUUAGUAACGACGAUUCGAAUUUUGUCUUUCAUUCGGUGCCGACGAAAAAAUCAGUCGACUUUCCGUCUCUCUCUUAUAUCCUUUUUCUAUCUCAAAUGAGAUGAGGAAACUCACAGGAUGGUCGAUCGUAUGUCUGACUAUUAUCCUUGCCAAGGACACCGUAUCCGAUUUGAACGUCUCCUCGAAGAUCGAUCUCGACUCGAACGAGAUCCAACUAACAUCCUCCGAUCGUCCUGUCAUCGUCUCAAACCAAAGAGAAAGGAUCGUCGAUGUUCAAAAGGAACCUUCGAUACGCAUCAACGAACAACCGAACCCAUGGCUACAUCGUCCGAGUCAAUCCUUCGUAAGAUCAAGUUUCCCAGAAGAUUUAAGAAAACGAAGGACACAUCUAUCAUCCGAAUCCCCGAUAAACACUCCGACAAACACUGUUGUAAACAACGUACGAAUUUUUGUAAACGGAAACGAGACAGAAAAGGGAUCGAAUGUUGCGUCCUGCGAAAAUGGUGUUUGCGACGUAUCGGUUUCGUCGAAAAUCGACGAGGAGGGAAACAUUGUGACGGACGUACACAUCACCAUAAUCACAAACACAAAGCCGGCCAUCGAGGUCGCCGAAAUUCCGGUUAUCGAUGGAUUUCGAGGAAUAGAAGAGAAUACGCCUCGCGGAUCAUCUCCCAUGUUUCAUCCUCUCGAUCAUGUGAAACCAACUUUCACUCAUCUUCUACGUAACGAUAUACCGCAAGUUCAAGUCCGUGGAUUUGUAGAACCAAACAACGAGGAAAUUCAUUUCCAAGAUCGAAGAAACUACGGAAGAAUAUUUCCGACUUGGUAUAACGGGCAUAAUCAUGAACAUCGUGCAUACAACAAAGGUUUUCAAGAUUCUAGGUCGUGGCUUCCGCGAAGAGUUAUUGUCGACGAUAAGAUCGAAGCACCGCUUAGUAAAACGAAGCAAUCCGAGGAAUAAAAGGUUUCUAGAUGCUAGAAACAAUGCAACUAUCAUACAGUGAUUCUUUUGUUGAGUAUGUAAAUGAGAAUGAAAAAAAAAAAAAUAAAAAAUAAAAAAAAGAAAGAAAGGAAAGAGAAGAAAAAUAUAUUGUGAAAAUAAAAAGA